AUGGCCGCUAUAUUCGUGCAAGACUUGCCGUGGCAUGACGGCGAGUCUGAGAUGCAAAAGCUCAUGCGCGUGCCAGACGUGGACAACCCCACACUUCCUGCCCUCUCGCCCCAGCUCUCCAAUCACUUGCGAAUAGCACCGCUAAUAGCCAUAGGAACUUUGGAUGCCGAACGACGACCAUGGACCACGCUCUGGGGAUCUGGCCAGAAAGGCCUCUCACAGCCACUGGGAGGAAGCAUUGUCGGCAUCAAGACACCUGUGCCUGCGAAAUACGAUCCAGUCGUGGAGCUCUUGGUCGGCAAAGAAGCAAAUGGGGAAGUUCUUCGUCAGGAGGACCCAGGACGAAUGGUGAGUGGUCUCGCGAUCGACUUGGAGACAAGGAAACGAACCAAAAUGUAUGGUCGAAUGAUCGCUGGCGCCCUUCUCUCCAGACACGACGAAAUUACCGAACAACAGGAGCACAUCGUCGAAACACAGCUCGUGCUGAAGAUAGAGCAGAGCUUGGGAAACUGCCCCAAAUAUCUGAACCGCAAGCACAUCGUUCCCGCUAGGUCAAACCCAGAACUCAUGUCGGAUUCGCCACAGUUGUCGCAGCAAGCGCUCGAGCUGAUCAAAAAAUCUGACCUGUUCUUCGUCUCCUCGUCCCAAAAAGAGCUGGAUAUGGAUACAAACCAUCGAGGUGGGCCCGCAGGAUUCCUUCGUGUGGCAUCGAAUGAAGCUUCAGGAGCAGUACUCUGCUGGCCGGAGUACUCUGGAAACAGAUUAUAUCAGACGCUUGGCAACCUUUUGGUCACGCCCAGAGCUGGUCUUUGCGUGCCAGACUUCGAUACGGGAGAUAUGUUGUAUCUUACAGGCACUACCGACAUCCUAGUUGGACAAGAUGCUUCUAGCUUUCUGCCACGUUCUAACUUGGCAGUCAAAGUGACCGUAGAAUCUGCUCGCUUCGUCUCACAAGCUCUUCCGUUCCGAGGUGUUCCCGGAGAUGCUUCUCCCUACAACCCAUCUGUAAGAUACCUGACUUCUGAAAAGCCGCCAGGGACCGCAUCUGCUGGCACUGGUCUUCAGCAAGCAAAUCUUCUCUCUCAAGAAGCCAUAACACCAACCAUCUCCCGCUUCAAAUUCAGCCUCGGAAAUGCAGCCAACUACACUGCUGGACAAUACGUAACUUUCGAUUUAUCGUCUGAACUCGACCUUGGAUACUCACAUAUGCGGGAUGAUGAUCCUCGUAGCUUGAACGAUGACUUCGUCCGCACAUUUACUGUCUCCAGUCCUCCACGAAAUCCGCCUAAUCCAACGAGAAAUUUGAAGGAUGACGAGUUUGAGAUUACUAUUCGGAAGGUCGGGGUUGCGACAGAGUGGUUCUUUAGACAGAAAGGCUCCACAAUGAAUCGCCCCAUUGAAGUAGGCAUCAAAGGAUUCGGCGGCGAAUUUGAGAUAGCACAAAAAGAUGCAAAGGAGACCAUUGGGUUUGUGGCGGCUGGUGUAGGCAUAACGCCCCUUCUACCGAGCCUGGGCACGCUUGAUCUCGAAAGGCUGAAAGUGCUCUGGACGCUGAGGAAGGAAGACACGAGUUUGGUGACGGACACAAUAGCUCGGCAUGAAGGACUGGAAAAAGCAUUGACUGUGUUUGUGACCAACGGCACGCAGGAAGACGAGGGCGUUGCGGAAUUACAGAGGAGAGCCAUUAGGAUGGAAUUUAGACGCAUCGAGCAGGGAGAUGUUGUUUUCGACGAGCAAGUGGAGAGAGUGUAUCUCUGCACGGCUGUACCGCUCAGGAUGCAGCUGAUGGAGUGGAUCACCGGGAAGGAGCUUGUCUUCGAAGACUUCAAUUUCUAA